GUCUUUUAUAUUUUUACUAACACCAAGACACCUUGAAAGACUAAAGUCUGGUUAAAACUCGUUAAUAAUACGAUCUAUAGAUACCAAUAAAUAAAAAAUAUAUCAAGAUGAAAUCAGUCACUGCAGUUACUUCAUUUCUAGCGAUUUUGUCUAGUUUACCAGUCUUAGUAUCAACUGCUAUAAACAGUCAAGCAACGGAAACAGACGUUGCCGACUCAGCACAUCAUGGACACCUUCUGGAGCAAACGAAAAUUGAUCUUGGAUUUAUUCAUGCCUUCGUAGCUUCCUUGAGUGUGAUUAUUGUUUCUGAAUUGGGGGACAAAACAUUUUUUAUAGCAGCCAUUAUGGCUAUGAGACAUUCCAGACUAACUGUUUUCGUAGGUGCAAUGGGUGCCUUAGGAUUAAUGACUGUUCUAUCAGCCUUUCUCGGAUUCGCCACUACUGUUAUACCUCGGUGGUUAACAUACUAUGUCUCAUCAUUGCUCUUCGCUGUGUUUGGUUUAAAAAUGUUAAGAGAAGGAUAUUAUAUGUCAAAUGAUGAAGGUCAAGAAGAAUAUGAAGAAGUUCAAGGUGAACUUAAGAAGAAGGAAGAAGAAGAGACUGAAAGCUCAAUGGACCUCGAAACUGGUAUCAUUAGAUCUCCAAAACGAAAUAUAUUUCAUAAAUGUUUUUCUAGAAUAUUUUUACAGGCUUUAACUCUUACAUUCCUCGCUGAAUGGGGAGAUCGGUCGCAAUUAGCAACAAUUAUACUUGCUGCCAGAGAAAUGAAAGAUCAAAAUAUUGGAAUCGAAGUUGUUGGAGUCAUAAUAGGUGGAUGUAUUGGUCAUUCUUUGUGCACAGGAUUAGCUGUAUUAGGUGGAAAAUUUAUAGCUCAAAAGAUAUCAAUACGAACUGUUACGAUUAUUGGAGGAGUUGUUUUUAUUAUCUUUGCAUUAUCAGCCUUCGUUAUACACCCGGAUGAUUAA